GUCUACGAACAUCAUCUAAACCCAUCCACAAGAUAUUCGCAGUCAAAAUUCAAGAAAUCAACACCCAGUCUCACAAAAACACAAUGACCACUCAAAACUUCUCAAAGCACUACCCUGCGGAGGAUGAGGCGCAGAUGAAGAAGGCCCGCAAGACGGCUCACCCGACCAAGUACCGUGGCUCUCUCCAGCCUGGGACGGUACUCAUUCUCCUGGCCGGUCGCUUUAGGGGCAAGCGUGUGGUCCUUCUUCGACAGCUUUCUCAGGGAGUCCUCCUCAUCACGGGUCCGUUCAAGUCAAAUGGAGUUCCACUACGACGCGUCAACCAUCGCUACGUCAUUGCAACUUCCACCACUGUCGACAUUACCGGAGCCGAUAAUGAGGUCCUGGACCGUGUGAGCGAAGAUGAGUACUGGGCGCGAGAGAAGAAGGAGGGCAAAGGUGAGGAUGAGUUCUUCCAGAACGGUGAGGCCCCGUCAAAGAAAGAGACGGACCCUCAGCGUAUCGAGGAUCAGAAGAAGGUCGACAAGGCCAUCAUGAGCAACAUCCGCAAGGUUCCGGAUCUGGAGUCGUACUUGGCUGCCACUUUCAGUCUCAGGGGUGACGAAAAGCCCCACGAGAUGGUCUUUUAAGCGGUAGAUGGCAUCAAAGAUACGAGUUUCCAUCCUAUAGGGUUCAGGAGGUUCUAGAGAUACCCAGCCAUGUUUAGUUGCAAUGCAACACGAGGCGCGAGCACGAAUACAUGCACGAAACAAAUAAAUAACCCGUUUCC